CUCUGGCCUCCGAGAGUCCCCGCUGCCACCUGGGCCGCCUGGCAGGCAGGCGACGGAGGCCCAGGAGCCAUGGGCGACUGGGGCUUCCUCGAAAAGCUGCUGGACCAAGUCCAGGAGCACUCCACUGUGGUGGGCAAGAUCUGGCUGUCGGUGCUCUUCAUCUUCCGCAUCCUCAUCCUGGGCCUGGCCGGGGAGUCGGUGUGGGGUGACGAGCAGUCGGAUUUCCAGUGUAAUACAGCCCAGCCGGGCUGCACCAAUGUCUGUUAUGACAAGGCCUUCCCCAUCUCCCACAUCCGCUACUGGGUGCUGCAGUUCCUCUUCGUCAGCACGCCCACCCUCAUCUACCUGGGCCAUGUCAUCUACCUGUCCCGGCGUGAGGAGCGGCUGCGGCAGAAGGAGUCGGAGCUGCGGUUACUGCUGGGCAAGGACCCAGGCGUGGAGCAGGCGCUGGCAACCGUGGAGCGUCAGAUGGCCAAGAUUUCAGUGGCAGAAGAUGGUCGCAUGCGAAUCCAAGGGUCGCUGAUGGGCACCUACGUGGUCAGCGUGAUCUGCAAGAGCUUGCUAGAGGCGGGCUUCCUGUAUGGGCAGUGGCAUCUCUAUGGCUGGACCAUGAAGCCCCUGUUUGUGUGCCAGCGCCCACCGUGCCCCCACCGUGUGGACUGCUUCGUCUCUCGCCCCACGGAGAAAACUAUCUUUAUCAUCUUCAUGCAGGUGGUUGGAUUCAUCUCCCUGUUCCUCAACCUGCUGGAGCUGGCGCACCUGCUGUGCCGCUACCUCAUCCGGAAACUGAGGGCCCGGCAGGGCCAGGCUGCCCCUCCAGCUCAGGACAGCCCCUCGGGGCCUCAUGCUGACCAGAUCUUCUACCUCCCCAUGGACCAGGAGCCCUCAUCCGAGCCAUGCCCCACCUACAGUGGGCCCCCAUUCAGUGAGCAGAAUUGGGCCAACCUGUCUAUGGAGAGGCUGGCUUCGUCCAGGCCUCCCCCGUUCGUGGACCCAUACCCCCAGAGUAACCAGAACCCCCCUAAUAGCUGCAUCAGCAAUGCUUCCAAGAAGCAAUAUUUGUAGGAAUCUGGGGCUUAAGUCAGCCAGCAGUGGGGCCUGGGAAGUCUGACUGCCUUGGAUGCCUCCUUCUUGAAGGCACUGCAGAGAUGACCAGGGCAGGGGGAAGCGGGUACUUGCUGGCCAUAGGGCCUCAUCGUAGGCUGUUCUUGAAUGCCUGAGGCCUUCCUGGUGACCAGAGGAACCAUGGUUUUCUCUCCAGAAACUCUGUCUGGCUUUGCCCCAGGCACAGACAGAGCCAGCUUGGGGUGCUCCUGGGCGAAGGUGUGGGCCCUCUGGCCUCUUUCACUUGGUUCAGAGGAACCUGGAGCCAUGUUGCUCCACCCCCAGAGUCAUGGAAGACUCUCCUCCACCCAGGUUGUCCUCACGCCCUCUCCUCACAGGCAAAGGCGGGUCGAGGCUGCUGGGUCGGCCUUGAUUACACACACGGAGCCUGCGCGGGAUCUGGCCCGUCAGGGGACUUGGUGUCCUGUUCUCAUCACUCCUUUCUAGUUGCACUGUUUAUGCUUCUAAAAUAAACAGGACUUGACCACA